AUGCCACCGGUUAAAUAUCUGCCCGAUAACAAAGUCCAGCUCAGGAAUGUCCAUGAAGCAGACUUUCAACUUUCACUGACCGUAUUUGUUGAUCAUAAACAGGCACUUAUUCCUCUAGACAAGACCUUAAAGGAUAUUGAGAAGGAUUUUGAUAAUGGAUCUGCUUCAUCUGUAUCGCUGGCCUCAUCUUCUGAGGAAUCUGACCCGCCUCCCGUUACCGAUGAAGUCCUUCAGCGUGAAUAUGACAGAUAUAAUACCAAGAAGGGUAGGGAGCAGAGGCGCGGCAAACACCAAGAGCUGGCACGAGGCAUGGCUCAGAAACCCAAGCCCUUCAAUAGAUACAAGGCUGUUAAUCAUCCUACCCCAGGGGACACAGAAGGGGAGGCCCAACAGAACAUCAAUAUUCAGGAAGACAUCUCUGCCAUCGAAAACUUUGCCUACUUGAAUCGACUCACUAAAAGCAGCCUUGGUGGUGUGGACUACUAUUUGACGGAGAUUAGGAACAUUGUCAAAAGCCUGCAGGAUGUCAGGACAAUUUGGAGACGCGAGUCCGGCAAGAUAAAAACCCUAGGCAUAGAUAUCAAAGAAAAGAGGAGUGCUGCGCCUGCAGGAGCCGACUCCAUCAGUGAUCUGGAAAGCAGACUGCCGCCUCUACGUGGUGACAACGCCAGUAUUGAAAGACAUCUAUAUCUGAACGAGAAAAGGCGCGACCCCUUGGAUACGUUGUUGUCGGUGUCAACGAGUACGACACUUCCAAGAAGUCCUACAUGCGAGGAUUUUGGUGUACAAGUUGAGACCUGA